UCUUCGUGCUCCUCCUUCUUUUACAGACUCUCGGUUUACUAAAAAACCUCCACCCUGGUAAUAAUACUGGCCGUGGAGACUGGAAUCCUCCGCACUCGGAUCCCCAGCAUCUUUUUUAGGGUCACCACAAAGCAGCCUUUUAACAAAGCACAAAACAACUGCUGGUCUUUGGAUUCUCACUUCCCCCUCAACUGCGAAGAUGCCUGAUGCUCUGUGUAUUGUGGGCUCCAUGUUUGGCUCAGAGGAAGGACAGCAAGAAUGUGGCCCCUGCUACCUGAUAAACAUGGGCUCUGUGUUUGGUAUUAUUGCUUCCGACAUUAUCUUGACCGUCUUCCUCAUCAUCUCUGUGUUCUGCUUCGCAAGUCGCCGCAGGAGAAGAAGGGAGCAGGAGUCUCAUGAUGGUAGAAGAAAUCUGCCUUCAUCUGCUUCAAAGAAAAUGACACCAGAAGUCACGGAGUCUCCAUACCAGGAAUUACAUGGAGUCCAGUCAGAUAUCUACAAUGAGCUCCGACACUUUAAGAAAUGACAGGAUGUGGAAAGCUGUAAAAAUUCCCAACAUUAAUGUCUGCAACUAACUUUAAAAUGUGUAAAAUAACUGUGUCUAAUAAUCCUUUGUAUACAUCUUGCUUUGUAACUUUUAAUUCAGCAUAAUUCUAAUGAUAAACUGUGCAGUACCUGAAUGUUUUUUUAUGUAGAUGAUUUAUAUUGUGCUCAAUGAGAAUGUAAAGUUAAGCGUGACAUUCAGUGCAUGUUGCGUUUGUACAAUUUGUUGUAUUUAACAAUGAGUAAAGCCCAACUUUACAAUCAAUGUUUAGCCUCAGACAAACUGGUGAAAAUCGUGAAAAACUCAUAUUAUUUACCUUGAUUACGUUUUCCUUACAUCGGCUUUUAUUACAAGCAGCCUGUUCUUGCUUUACACCCAAUACAAGAUCCAAUGAAAAUCUCAUAUAUCUUCACAUGAUCAAAAUACAAAAACUGGAUGCAAUGCUUCUAUUUGGAGGUAAUAAAAAAUCCCUAGCAUUAUCUGUA